AUGGAUGAAGUCAAACCAGAUCGCCAGCUGAAAGGCAAGACCAACUUCAUUAGUUGGAAACGCGAGUUUGAGCGAGCAGCCAGAGCAAACGAUGUGCUCGAAUUUCUCACGGGCGAAGAAGUCGUUCCACCGAAGCCCAACAAGGACGAAUAUUUUUUGAAGGUCCUUGACGCUGAAACUCGUCGGUCUACUCGGAUAAAGAAAAGCUUAAGUCCGACGACCGACGACGAAAAUGAGACCGAUGAUGGCCAGGCAGUUGUCUUGACGACCAACAACACACUCCGAUGGCAAAUUGAUUACAAUGAUCACAAAGCUGCCAAAGAUAAGAUGAAACUUGCAACCAAGUUACUCGAUACAUGGAUUACCGACGGCAUUAAAAUCGAGGUUGAGGAUUGCGCGGACGCCAAGGAAGCCUAUGAUUUCAUCAAGAAGCGAUACGCGGUCACAAAUGAGCGCGCACGCGACAUUCUGCUGAAUAGAUUGAACGAUCUCAAGCUAGACAACUGCCUAUCUGUGACCGACUACACCAACCAAGUCCGCCAGAUCAAAGCUGAUCUCAAGACAGUCAAAUAUGAUAUGACUGAUGACAUGUUCGCCACCGCUCUUCUUCAUGGUCUUCCCCCUAGCUACCGCGGCUUCAAAGAGAAGUACGACUGGAUUAGGUCGAUGCGGCCUGAAGAUUCCCCUGAUCUGGACUAUCUUUUUGAACGCAUGCAUGUUGAAGAAAUGCACCAGCUUCAAAUCAAAGAAGAGAGGAAGACCAGGGACAAGGCCAAGAGAGAUGCAACCAGCAUCAACAGCACCAUGAACAUGGACAACACUCGUUACAGGCCGAGACGGGAAGACAGAAGUCACCUCAAGUGCACCCAUCCUAGCUGUGGCAAGACUGGCCAUACCGAGGAAAAUUGCUGGGUUAAGAACCCCGAGAAAAUUCCACGGUCUCUCAAAGAAAAGUUCACCAACCCAACCAACAGGGCCGUUGCCACCAAUGGUACGGGUCUUUCUCCUUCAACUUAUGCGAAACCAGCUGACACUUCGCCACAGAUGCAUAGACCUAUGUCUUGCAUCAAGUUGCGGAGAUCAGGGGGAGUUGAUAUGGGGGACUCAAUGUCUACAACGUUGGAUAUCUCUAAACCUGUAUGGGGGGCCUUCUUGGCAGGCGAUUUCUGCACAACAGACACAUGGCUAGCUGACACCGGAGCAAAUAUGCAUAUCGUUAAUGACAUGAAAUGGUUCAAGAAAAACACUUUCUGCCCAUCGAAUAUAAAAAUAAGCACCGCAGACGGUUCCACUACCCUUGACAUUGAAGGAACGGGAGUUGUCAACCUUGUCUUGAAAAGCCCUGAUGGUUCUCCAGUGAAUGCAUCACUCUCGGAAGUUGCCUAUGCUCCUCGGGGCAAAUGCAAUCUCUUUUCGGCAGGAAUGUUCACCCGAAAGGCCAACGUAACCGGCAUCUACAAUGACCGGUAUAUGACAUGGAUAACUGAUACCGGACAUACGAUCGGACACGCCAUCUUCGGCAACGGUCUCUAUCACCUUGACGCCGCGAAACCUCCCCAUGAUGAGACGCCAGGUCAUGUCGUCGCAGCCACAGUGGAUUUCGAUGAUCCUGUAUGGAAAUGGCACCGGAGGCUGGGACACCUAGGCUUCCAAAACAUGCUGAACCUGCUGGGCAGCUCAACUGGAAUGGAAAUCACGGAGAAGCAGAUCAAAGCCAAGCUCAAGGCCAGUAACUACGACAACAGUGGCUACCGCCAUGAUCAGAUUAGAACCUCCCCAGGCGAGGAAAUUACUGACCAAGAGCACCAUCUCUCAGAAGCGACGCAAGAGUCCCAAGAUGAAUCUGAAGACGCUGACGAUGAAGAUGAGACCGAUGGCAGAGACUUGGGUCCCGCAACCAUGUCCAAGUAUUUCAAUCAAUACAAGCACGCCGGCAUGGCUAAACGCAAGGCUCCCAAUGACCCUAUAGUAGCGCCACGGAAAAGUCGCCGGGCCACUCACGGACUACGCGACAUCGAAUUAGACCAUUCAGACUCAGAUUUAUCAGACUCGAAUGCCGAUUCCUGGUACUACUCGGAAGACGGAAAGAUCUCACAGGGUUACUGGCAUCAACAGCGCGACAGAGGAGAAGACAAGCUGAAAAAGAAGCCAAGCAUAGAAUCCUCGGAUUUACACCAGUUCCUCGAGAUCAGAAAUGCUACCGGUGCGCAAGAAAAAUAA